AUGUCUUCCCAAACCACCAUGCCAUAAGUCUUGAGUCUCCAAGGAAGAAACCGUGUAAAAGUCCUAUAUGAUCUUAGGGAAACAAAAGGAAAGGAUGAAAUACAGAAGAAAAACAAGUCAACUGCUAUUACUUUUAUUGUUUUUAUGGGCUUUGUACAGACAGUAUCAUGUCAGCACAAAGAAACUACAGAAGAUAUAUUGGUGCUGGUCUAUGAACAGUCCAUCAAAGGAAUUAAAGCUUUCAGACUGGUUUUCUCCCAGUCAAUCCAUGAACCUGACCACCACCAACUGGUCAGCUCCAGUUGUGUGGCAUGGCACUUUCAAUGAAGAAGUUUUGGAACAGCAUUAUGCCAAACAUAAAAUUACCGUGGGGCUGACUGUGUUUGCCGUAGGAAGAUAUAUCGACCACUAUUUGAGGAAAUUUAUACUAUCUGCAGAUAUGUUUUUUAUGGUUGGCCAUAAAGUCAUAAUUUAUGUCCUGAUAGAUGACUUCUCCAGGAUGCCUUGGAUACAGCUGAGUCUCCUCCGUACAAUCAAAGUGUUUGAAAUCAAGCGAGAGAAGAGAUGGCAAGAUGUCAGCAUGAUGCGCAUGAAGACUAUUAGUGAACAUGUUGUAGAUCAUAUCCAGCGUGAAGUCGACUUUCUCUUCUGCAUGGAUGUAGAUCAAGUCUUCGUAAGGAAAUAUGGAGUGGAGACUCUGGGGGAGUCAGUGGCUCAGUUACAUGCUUACUGGUACAAGGCAGAUCUGAUAAAGGUGCCAUAUGAAAGAAGUGAGUUAUCAGAAGCAUAUAUACCUACUGGCAUGGGAGAUUUUUAUUACCAUGCUGCUGUAUUUGGUGGCACUCCUACCCAAGUUCUCAAUAUUGCCAGGGAGUGCUUGAAAGGAAUCAUGAAUGACAAGAAAAACAGCAUUGAAGCAGUAUGGCAUGAUGAAAGCCACUUAAAUAAGUAUUUCUUUCUCCACAAACCUGCUAAGCUCUUAUCACCGGAAUAUUGCUGGGAUUUUACUAGAACGGAUAUCAUUAAUAUUCGUAAUAUCAAACUCUCUUGGGCUAAAAAGGAUUAUAAACAUCUUAGGGUGAAAUUGUAGUUUUAUAGCACUUCCUUCAGAUUUCUGAAAAUAAGAGCAUCAUUUUUGUCUUAUUCCUUAGGAAAUUAGCACUUGACAAAUUUUAGCACUAAAAAAAAAAAAUCACUAGCAAAAUGGCAAGACCACCAAUAUGGAAUACUCAUACUUCUCCUCAUAUUCAUUGUGAAUUGUAUAAGAUGGGAUACAGCAAUUGCAGAAUGAAUGUACUGACGUCAGAUGGAGAUACAAUGAUUUCAUAUCCUGUGUGAAUAUUGAGGAGAUAUUAUUUGUUGGAUUACAUUGAACAAAAUAGAAUCUGUCACAAGAAAAUGAAACCUGAAA